UUGUUGUUUUUCCCAACAGUAAUUGGCAGUAUCACAAAAUGCAUUUCUCCCCCUUAAACACUUUGCCUCACAUUGAAUCCCAGAUAGCGGUGGCUGCAGCCACCCAAAUUCCAUCCCAAGCACAUCAGCCAGAGCUUAGGACCCAGAGCCCUGCUUUAGGCUUACGGGAUGUGACAGCUGAUGGAAAAUCAAUGAAGUGUGCUUCACAGAGCGUCAUAAUGAUGCAAGAUGAGGCUCAAAAAGUGCCUGCUUGCCUUUCAGGCUCGGCUGUCUGCCUUAGGUUUUAACCAGAUUGUUUUAGCCCCCUUCUAGGAUGCGAUCAACUUGCCUAUGAAAAGAAAGGACUAUAUUUAAAGGAAAAGCUACAGCCAUGCCCAUGCUGUGUCUGUUGCUCUGUGUGCUGUGUUGGAGCCAUUCAGAUGUGGCUGCCCUUGGUUCAGUUGUGGAGAAUGAGGACGCGCUCCUGAGAAACUUAUUUCAAGGCUAUCAGAAAUGGGUCCGCCCUGUGGAAAACUCCAAUGACACCAUCAAAGUCCUCUUUGGGUUAAAGAUAUCACAGCUUGUGGAUGUGGAUGAGAAGAACCAGCUGAUGACGACCAACGUGUGGCUGAAACAGGAAUGGAUGGACCACAAGCUCUCCUGGAGUCCAGAGGAAUAUGGUGGGAUCACUGCUAUCCGUGUCCCUUCUGAAUCCUUGUGGCUUCCUGACAUUGUUCUGUUUGAAAACGCUGAUGGACGUUUUGAAGGGUCCCUGAUGACCAAAGCCAUAGUGAAAUACAAUGGAGUGGUGACCUGGACACCACCAGCCAGCUACAAAAGCUCCUGCACGAUGGACGUAACCUUCUUCCCCUUCGACAGGCAGAACUGUUCCAUGAAAUUUGGGUCAUGGACAUACGAUGGCAGUAUGGUGGACUUGAUUCUAGUGGAUGAAAAUGUAGACAGGAAAGACUUCUUUGAUAAUGGGGAGUGGGAGAUCUUAAAUGCCAAAGGUAUGAAAGGCAACAGGAAGGAUGGGCUGUACUCUUACCCAUUUGUUACUUACUCCUUUGUGUUGAGACGCCUUCCACUGUUCUACACUCUUUUCUUAAUAAUUCCCUGCCUAGGAUUGUCUUUUCUAACUGUCUUAGUGUUUUACCUGCCCUCAGAUGAAGGAGAAAAGCUCUCAUUGUCCACUUCAGUUCUAGUCUCCCUCACUGUUUUCCUUUUAGUGAUUGAGGAAAUAAUCCCUUCUUCUUCCAAAGUCAUUCCUCUGAUUGGUGAGUAUCUACUGUUCAUCAUGAUUUUUGUGACCCUCUCUAUCAUUGUGACUGUCUUUGUUAUCAACGUACACCACCGCUCCUCAGCAACCUACCAUCCCAUGGCUCCUUGGGUUAAAAGACUCUUCCUCCAGAAGCUGCCUCGGCUGCUCUGCAUGAAGGGACACGUAGACCGUUAUUCUUUCUCAGACACUGAGGAAAAGGAAACCACCUUGAAAUCAAAACUCCCAGGAAAGCAGAAACACAAGCAAGCAAAAGAUGGAGAGAAGAUCGUGAUUGCCUUUUUGGAAAAGGCAGCUGAUUCCAUUCGGUACAUUUCCAGGCAUGUCAAAAAGGAGCACUUCAUCAGGCAGGUUGUCCAAGACUGGAAAUUUGUAGCUCAAGUCCUGGAUCGGAUCUUCCUGUGGUUAUUCCUGGUGGUGUCAGUGGUGGGUUCAGUUCUCAUCUUCACCCCUGCGUUACAGAUGUGGCUGAAUAGCACCUUGUAGAAAAUGCUCCCACACUAACAUACAGCAAGCCCAAUGACGUGGGAUAGUGGUGCCUUUGAGACUGGUUUCUGUUCUUCAGGAUGGGAAGCAGUGCAAGAGCAAGAGAAGGUGAUGUUAGCAACAGGCAUUGGUUACUACUUCCUGCACGUGGCUCUGACUGUUACAACCUUGGUGGAGACUGGAGAAGGGCUCGGUGAACAGCAGAAUCCAAAAUUGAAUUGGGGAUGCAUAAAUGAGUUAUAAGUAUUUUACUAGUAGUUCGGUUAUAAUACGAUAUUAUUUUAUUGUUAUUUAUAUUAUAUUGCUGGGAUUAUUAGUUAUACUUGGGGAUAGUAGUUCUGGCACAACCAUUAUGUGUAAUGAGCAGAUGUGUCAGUUAAAAUACUACUUAAUUAAAGAAAUUAGAGUAUAGUAGCAACAUUGUGCUCAGUUCUUAGUGCACAGUAGCAAGUCAGUAUUCAGUUUAUCUACAUUACCAAGUAAAAACCACAAAGUCUUUACAGAUAGCUUUCUACAUGUGUCAGAACUGGCAACUAUAUAGCAUGUGCAUUAGAAAAAAAGCGUGA